GCGUCACAGGAGGAGAACUAAUUGAUUUUGAUCUUUUUUUUAUUAUCAUCAUUGUUACCGGUUCCCUCUUCGAGCAGCCCCCCGGUGCUCACCCCGCGCAUGUCGGUGUAACCGAGGAGUUUGACCGCCUCAGUCUCCGGUGGGGACGGUUACGCACGGGAGGGCAGCCCGGCUCCGUGCGCCCGGACGGGACCCGGUCACCAUGCUCUUCCCCGCGGACAGCUCCUGCAACAUCACGGCCGGAAACUGCACCGGAGGCUUCGACUUAACGGAGCCGCUGGACACCGGGGCCCCCGGGGCUGCCGGGAACGCCACGGACCCGUUUGGACGGAACGAGGAGGUGGCCAAGAUCGAGAUCACCGUCCUGAUCCUGUCGUUCAUCGCCGCGGUGGUGGGGAACCUGAGCGUCCUGCUGGCCAUGCAGCGGACCCGGAGGAAGCCGUCGCGCAUGCACCUGUUCAUGAAGCACCUGAGCCUGGCGGACCUGGUGGUCGCCUUCUUCCAGGUGCUGCCGCAGCUCUGCUGGGAGAUCACCUACCGCUUCUACGGCCCCGACUUCCUGUGCCGCAUCGUGAAGCACCUGCAGGUUCUGGGCAUGUUCGCCUCCACCUACAUGAUGGUGAUGAUGACCCUGGACCGCUACAUCGCGAUCUGCCACCCGCUGCAGACGCUCCAGAAGCCCACGCAGCGCGCCUACCUGAUGAUCGGCUCCACCUGGGCCGUCAGCCUGGUGCUCAGCAGCCCGCAGUACUUCGUGUUCUCCCUGAGCGAGGUGCGCCCCGGCUCGGCCGUGUACGACUGCUGGGGUCACUUCAUACAGCCGUGGGGCGCGCGCGCCUACAUCACCUGGUUCACCGCCGGGAUCUUCCUCGUGCCGGUGCUCGUGCUCGUGCUCUGCUACGGGUUCAUCUGCCGCGCGAUCUGGCAGAACCUGAAGUACAAGACCCGGAGGAAGAGCGUGGGUGCGGUGGCGGAGUCCACGAAGAACGGGAUCCUGGGCCGGAGCUCCGUCAGCAGCGUCAGCACCAUCUCCCGGGCCAAAUUACGCACGGUGAAGAUGACGUUCGUGAUCGUGGUGGCGUACGUGGUGUGUUGGGCGCCGUUCUUCACCGUGCAGAUGUGGUCCGUGUGGGAUGAGACCUUCUCCUGGGACGACUCUGAGAACACCAUCGUGACGCUGUCCGCUCUGCUGGCCAGCCUCAACAGCUGCUGCAACCCCUGGAUCUACAUGAUCUUCAGCGGACACCUCCUCUCGGACUUCGCCGGCAGCCUGCCGUGCUGCCGCCGGCUCAGGAACAAGUUCAGCCACCAGGACUCGGACAGCAGCAGCCGCCGGACCACGCUGCUGUCCCGCCUGCAGGGCCCGCGCCUCUCAGAGCCGUUCAGAGACUUAAAUCCCAACCCUGGAAAACACUGUCAACAGGUCCCGUCCACAUCCUGACCCCCGGGUCACUGAAAACAAGGAAGGUGACCUCGUCUGAGGGCGCGGUCACAAAGACAGUUUGUCCACGUUGGUCCGAUCCACAGUGGAAACUGAUUCUGACGCUGGUUUGUUUCCCUUCACAUUCUCACUCUGCCACGUUUGGGCUUUUUCGGAGAUUAAAACAACUCCAGUCACUUUAACUUAAGAUAUUUACACUUUGUUCUCGUCUGUGCUCGUUGUUGUGAUUGUGUCAAAUAGAUGAAAUAUGGCUGAAUAUGAGCAUCAACUGGUUUUCAUACGUCCACACUCGAGUCUUACUGGGGUCGUUUCCUGUUGAAUUUGAGAUUAAAGUGGAGACGGAUCAGCUGUUCGACUGGAGGUGGACUUCAAACCGGACCGAGAACGUGAAGCGAGAAUAAACUCGUGAAAGCAACAAAUGUGACAUUGUAUAAAAUGUAAAUUACUGCAUCUGGUUGGAUUCACUUGUAGACGUGUGAGCCACUUGUGAUCGGAUCGCUCAGGACGGAGGUCUGGACCCCGUCCAACAAACCUCCGGCUCUGGAGACUUAACAGGAUCAACUCAGUUUGUUUUGGGUUUUCGUGGAAUUUAUUCACCGUGAGAUAUCGUUGAUCCUUUACACACAUUUAAUGUUUUCACUGAAAUAAUCAUUAGUAUUCUUUUGACAUGAGACGCUAUUAUCUAAGAAAUGUGCGUCUUCUCGC